UAUUUUGAUUUGAAUAUAUAUAUCAAGUAACAUAGACUCAUUACUUUUCAAUAUAAUGUAAUGGACUUCAAAUUGUUUUAGUAGCAUAAGCCCAUUAUUUUUUUUCAUAACUUACUGCUAUCCAUGUAUCCAAAUAAUACUAUUUUUUUUAACUACUAUCUAUAUUGCCAAACAAUCUCAAUGUGUACUUCAACUGUAAUAAUAUAGAUGUAUAAUUUAUUAGCAACUAACCCAACUUAUAUAUAAAAUCAUAGAUGUAACUACAAUGAGAAUGUAUAAUUUAUAAUAAUAAAUUAUUUAUUUUGUUUAUAUAAUAAUAAUUUAUUUAUUUUAUAAAUUUAAAUUAUAUGAUGACUUAAAAUAUAUUAACAAAUGAUAAAUAAAAUAUUAACUCACUGUUACAAUUUAGAUCUUUUGUAAAAUUUAUUUAUAUGCAUGAGACUUUAGAAUAUUAUCAUUAUAUUAAUUUAUAAAAUUUGGAAUCAGACAUUUUAGUUUAUUUUUUAUUUCAUUAUAAUCACAAUAUAUCUUAAAUUAUACAUAAUCUUAAUAAAAUAUACUUAUGCAACCAACCUAAAAUGCAAAUAAUAAAAUUAAUCAAAAUUAAUAUAUUUACAAAAAAAUAAAUAUUAUAAUUAAAUUCAAAUAAAUAGACAGAAUCCAAUAUGUCCAAAUGACAACUAAAUUGAUUGUAAAAACAACAAAACUAAUUAGAUAAAUAUUUAAUUAAAGUAAUAUGCUAUAAUUAAUAUAAAUUAUACAUAUAAAUUAUAAAUUAAUUAAAAAUUAAAAAUAAAUAUCAAUUUAUUAUUAUAUUAUAUUUAUUUUAUAAAUAUUUAUGUCCGUGCAUGAGCACGGGAAAAUCACCUAGUGAUUAAGAUAAAUAGCAUGUAUAGCAUAGAUGAAUUAGGAUUUUUACUAAAAUAUAUAAAGCCAAAAAAUUAGGGUUGAACAACGCAACCAACUACAACAAAAAAUUGUGAUAUAACAAACUAAGUCCCACAUUGAAGAAUUAGACAAAGAGUGUCUAAUAUAUAAAGAGAUGUCCAACUCUAAUAGUACGAGGCCUUUUGGGAUGGAAGCCAAAAGUAAAUCCAUGCGGGCUUGCCAAUUAAGCCCAAAGUGGACAAUAUCGUACUAAUCGGAUAAUAAAGAGUUGGACAUGGGCUGUGUAAUCCCAACAAUUGGUAUCAGAGCACAGUUGACGAGAAAUCUGCAAGAAAGACCGAAAUACCCUUUGAAUGAUGAAUGAGUGAUGAAUGGGUAUCCUAUGAGUUAGGAAUGAGAGGUGUGUAGCAGAUAUCGAGUCAGAAGAUCCUGAAAGUCAGUUGUGGGACACGAGAUGAAUGUGAUCCUUAGUUUGAAUGGGAGAAUGUGAUAUAACAAACUAAGUCCCACAUUGAAGAAUUAGACAAAGAGUGUCUAAUAUAUAAAGAGAUGUCCAACUCUAAUAGUACGAGGCCUUUUGGGAUGGAAGCCAAAAGUAAAUCCAUGCGGGCUUGCCAAUUAAGCGCAAAGUGGACAAUAUCGUACUAAUCGGAUAAUAAAGAGUUGGACAUGGGCUGUGUAAUCCCAACAAAAAUCAAGAAGCUUCACCGUCUUCAUUUAUCAGCGUCGUGCACUGCUUCCCUUGUGCGUAAUCAUGGCUGAUGAAAUUAACGAGAUGCAACAAGAACUUGCACCCUUUGACCCAACCAAAAAGAAAAAGAAGAAGAAAGUUGUUCUUCAGGAUCAUGCUGAGAGCUCAUCACCAGAAUUGCAGAUGGAGAAAGCUGAUGAUCCAAUGCCUGCAGGAGUUAAUGAUGGUCUUGAAAGCGCAGUUAGUGGAAUGAAAAAUAGCAAGAAGCCAGUUGAUUCCAGCUCACUGAAUGAAGAAAGUGUUGAAGCCGUAGAAGAUUCGGAUGGUGGCCAUGAGGAAGAGAAAGGAGUAAUCCAGCAGGAGAAUCGUUAUCCUUGGGAGGGAAGUGAUAGAUUGUACCUAUAUGAAGAGAUGCUUGGUAGGGUCUUCAACAUUCUGCGUGAAAACAAUCCGGACCUAACUGGAAAUAGGCGUCGUACAGUUAUGAGGCCUCCUCAAGUUCUUCGUGAGGGGACAAAGAAGACGGUCUUUGUCAACUUUAUGGACCUUUGCAAAACGAUGCAUCGACAACCAGAUCAUGUUAUGGCGUUCUUGCUUUCUGAGUUGGGUACUAGUGGCUCACUUGAUGGCCAGCAAAGGUUGGUUGUUAAAGGGAGGUUUGCACCCAAGAGCUUUGAAGCGAAUCUGCGAAAAUAUGUCAAUAACUAUGUCAUUUGCCAUGGUUGCAAGAGCCCAGACACAAAUCUUACAAAGGAGAAUCGUCUCUUCUUUAUGAGAUGUGAACAGUGUGGAUCAGAACGAUCUGUGGAACAGAUCAAAGCUGGUUAUGUUGCACUCGUUGGUAAAAGGAAGACUUGAUGAUACCAAAGAGGUUUUUAACCUCUAAAGAAUAAAGAGCAGUCUAUGGAGCCGUGAUGUUUUUUUUUUCCUUCUAACUUUCUAAUAAGUAUCUGUCACACACUUGUCUUGUCUUUUUGCUGAGUCUAAUUAUCACAUUUUAUUACAAUAACUAUAAUGAAUAUAAACCAAAUUACAAACACAUCAAAAAAAAAAAACGCAUGCAAUUGAUAAAAUGUUCAAGAAAAUGAUAACAUAAGGUUUAUUUUCAUAAAGUUUGACAAAGUGAUUCACGUUUUUUUUCAAUCCAAAAGACUUGAAAAAGAGU